GAUAUCGAUUCUUCACACUCAGUGUUUGUCAAAACGAGGCUAAUGUCAGGGGUUUAAUAAAGGAGCCUCCCGUUUGCUCUCAGACCGCAGAGCAGAACUAGUUCCGUGUAAACGUAAACAAAACUUCCGAGCCAGAGACUGUUUACUUUUUCUAAUUUUGGGGUUAAAUUGAAGAUAUAUAUAUAUAUAUAUUGUUUUUAUAUCUGUCGAUCACCAUGGCGGCGGCGGAUCUGCCUCUUUGCUCCGAGCUGCUGUUGGACCAGGAGCUCGACUCGUCCGCGUGUGAUGAUGGAUCGCAGCUGGAGAAACAGCUGUCAGCCUCGCAGAGAAGAGACUACAGCCUCUGCAGGAGGAAGUCGUUCGCUGCCUUUGUGGCGUCCAGGAGGGACCGCGGUCCUGAGGGAGGAGGCACAUCUUGGUGCUGCUGCGGACAGACCUUCAGGGAACACCCCGCCGUUCACAAGCACGUGGCCAGGACUCACGACGCCGAGAUAAAGCAUCUCACGCGGGCCACGUACAAGUGUUUUUUAAGCCGACCGGAGGAAGAACCGGAAACACGGCAGGGCAAAGCCGAGGCGGUGGACAUCUCUGCUUGGAUACCCGACACCAGUCACAUCUCUGAGGAGCAACUGCAGAAGGGUCCAGGAAAGGUCCUCCUCUACUAUCACUACUGUCCAGUGGAGCAUCCGCACGUCAUCUGCGCUUGGCAGAAAGCUUUGUGUGAAAAGCUCCACUUAACUGGCAAGGUCAGGGUGGCGUCCGAGGGCAUCAACGGGACGGUCGGUGGCACCAACGUGGCCAUUGACGUUUACAUCGACGCGAUGCGUUCCCAUCCUCUCUUCGGGAUGGACAGGGAGGAUUUUAAGACGAGUGAUGGUGGUGCCGAGUGUUUCACAGACCUCAGGGUUGGGGUCUACAAAGAAAUCGUCCCCAUGGGAAUGGAUCCCGAUGUCGUCUCCUACCGAUUAGCAGGAAUUCACCUGGAGCCCGAGGAGUUUCACAAAGAAGUGGAGGCUAUUUUGGCCGAGGGGGAUUCGUGCACCGACACCGUCCUCCUCGACUGCCGCAACUUUUACGAGAGUAAAAUUGGGCAGUUCACUCAGUGUCUGGCGCCGGACAUCCGUAAGUUCAGCUACUUCCCGGACUACGUCGACCAGAACCUGGAACUGUUCCGAGACAAGAAGGUCCUCAUGUACUGCACGGGGGGGAUCCGCUGCGAGCGCGGCUCCGCGUACCUCCGCUCCAAGGACGUGUGUAAAGAGGUUUACCAGCUGAAAGGUGGAAUUCACAAGUACCUGGAGCGUUUCCCCGAGGGUUUCUAUCGUGGAAAGCUCUUCGUCUUCGAUGAGCGUUACACCAUCUCCUCCAACAGCGACAUCAUCUCAGACUGCAGAUACUGUGGGCGUCCCUGGGACCAGUACGAGCUCUGUUCCACCCAGUUCUGCUGCCAGCUGGUUCUGUCGUGUCACGGCUGCAGACUGGACGGACACACCGCCUGCUGCCCCGCCUGCCAAACCAAAGGACGGGGUCGGAGCGAGGCGUCCUCCUCCUCCUCCUCCUCCUCCGCCACCGCCACCGCUCCGCAUCACAAGGAGGAGUGCGAGUGCACCGACGGACGUCCCAGAAUUCCCCAGGAUGUGUGUGCGACGCAGACGUGGUGAUUGGACACGAGCGCAUCCGGCAACACAUAAAAAAUCCUGGGAUAUUAAUCAGAAUGCGAAACUAGAUUUAGUGGAAGGCUGACAAGUAUAUUUUAAGUCUUUUUAUAAGACAGACUUAUUGUAUCUGAGUGGUUUGAGUCGUCCAUGAAAGUGAUAUUUGGUGAUAAACCUGUUUUUUCGUCUUAUUUUGAGGAAAUGUGAGAAUACAUCUGCAGUUUUCUUACACUGAUUUUUAACUGGAUUGCCUUUAUCAUUAAUCACAGGAUCUGAACGUAUCUUGUGUUUGUGCGUUUGUGUGCUUCUUUGUGUAAAAAUGGGAUUUUAUCUUUCAAAAUCAGUGCAUUGGCAAUUAUUUCAGUUAAUUACAUUACAUUUUUAUUUCUCUGACAUAGUAAUGGUUUCAGAGACAAUUUUAAAUGUAGUAAAUUUGAUGUUAUGUUGCUUAAAAGUGAAGAUGUGGUACAAAUACACCAAAAACCAUGUUGAAUUUAAA